AUGGAAGCAGGCAUAGUGAAAUUGUCGCGGCUACCGCGUGGCGAUGCAGUUAAAAGCACUAAACUUAGCAUAGACAGUGCCGAAAGAGUUUUGAGGGACGCACCGAACGGGACUUUAUCGCCUGAAUCACGCGCCCAAGCCGAGAUCGCCUAUGGUGUUCUUGCGAAUCGCCGCCCCGCUCAAGCCCGAAAGCUAUUCCAAUUAUUUAUUCUGAAAUUAAUCGAAAAAGGCGAAGAUAUCACGUGCGAAUUGUGGCGCCACUACCUCGUUGAGAGUAAACAGUCUGCUCGAAAAGACGUGUGUUUACAAGAGCUGUUUACCUCCAACUUUGACGCGCUCAAACUACUGGCUUUGAAAGCUCUCCCGACAAUGGCACUGGUGCUGGCAAACGAGGACAUCCUGAUGCUUGUGGAGAGCCUCAACACGUUAGAAGCACGGCUGCUGGCCAUUGAGUAUUGGCUUCAGCUGGGACGAUCCGCCGACAAAAAAGCCAUUUACCUAGUUCUCGAAGAUAUCGAAUCACCGCCGCAACAGCUAAUCGAAAAGGCAAACAGGAUAUUCCCCAAAAAUAACGAGCUGCUCGAAGUUUUGGAGAGUAAGAACUGGGAACUACUGAACACUAUGCCGAUCUGCCCAAAAGACUCGGCCAAAAUUCUCAAAGCACUGCAUACUCGUAUCGCUUCCGCUGAUAAACAUGAGCUUGUUCAAAUGCUCACAACCUGCCAACUGCUGGUUCCUCUUGCCUCUAGUGAAUCCUUCAGCAAAGCGUUGUCCAACACGCUUUUCAACUUGGGAAGACGGUUACGUCCGGAUCCAGCUUUUAUCAACGCCUGGGCAGCUUCAAUUGAGAUUGAACUAGGCACAUCAUGCGAUAUGUUGCUUGAAAAAACCACACGACUGGCCGUAGCUCUUCUCGAGGUCGACGCUAUGCCGGAUGUUUUUGAAAAGGCUAUAAUGAAACUUGAUCAGAUGAAAGUGGAGUGGGGCAGUCUCGCUACAGCGCUAAAUAAGCUAGUAGAUGGCGACAAAAUUCAAAAUGAGAGAAUAUUGAGCGUCAUACAUCCCCUCAUGACAUCUGAAAAUAAUGCAAAACAGCCUCGCAGGGGCUGGCAAGCUAUCUUCGAGGGUUACUUUGAUACGGCCGUUGAAAAUGAAACUGAGCAGAAGCUUCUGGAGAUUACUAGGGAUCCGUCACGUUCUGAAUGCUUGAAUCAGCUCAAUGAAUACGCGUUGUCCAAACUGCAGCAGGUUCUGCUACGAUGGGCUGUGGCAGAGGUUUUAAUUUCACGAGGUAGACCUGACGAUGCAAUUAGCACUAUGCUUCAAACAAUAGCUGCUGCUCUUGCCCUCACUGGUGUUGCGGCGAACGCUGUGGUCAUGGACGUAUGUGUGAGGCUAUCACAGAUUUACAGGUUUGUUGGAAAUAUGAAGGAUUCUUUCAUGUACUUGAAGGAAGCUCACAAACAAGCAGUGCGCCGCGGAACGCCACUAAGAGAAUCAGUCUAUGUUCGUAUGUUGAAUGCCAUUGCUCCUUUGGUAGAUUCGUCGGAAGUCACUGGUACAUUCUCUUGUUCUCAUAAGAUUUCGCCAACGGCGCUUGCCAACGCUCAGAAUCGAUACAAAGAUAUACAAUUCAAUUCAAUGGAAUUUGAUUCAGUACAAACAAACUAUGCAAACGCGUGCAAGCUUCUGAAUCAGGAUGCUGUCUUCAGCGUUAUACCUGACUGUGCUCUUUCAGUGCCUUCGCUUGGACGAGACACCGUUCCCGCUGUGUCGCAAACGCUGCACUCCAUCCUGCUUGAAUGCAUCAGCACAAAGCUCUUGUUCUGGGAUGAUACAAAUCUACAGAGUCAGCUAGCACGAUCUAUGGCAUUGGUCGUGUCGUCCACUUCGUCACAAAAAGUACCACCUAUGUUCAAUUUGGUCGAAGAACCGAAAUACUCGUAUGUGUCAAUGUGCCGGUCGACAAAACGGGCCAACCGGCCCAGCUAUGGCGAGCUCGUGGUGGUUUCGGUGAACUUUGAAACCGAGAAAAAGCUUUGUUUGUCUCGGGUGGUUGAUGGCGAGGAGGUACAUGUGACUCUUCCCCUUGAUCGCAAUGACACCGAAGUAGCUUCUCUUGAAGCAGUCAUGGACGAGCUCAAAAAAUUGACUGAUGUAUGUCAUGAAAGUGAUGGCCUUAAAGGUGAGAUCACCCCCGAGGAUAAAAAGGCGUACUGGUCGAAACGAGGCAAAGUUGAGAAAGCGUUCAACGAGUUUUUGCAUCGAGUAGAGCAGGAGUGGCUGAGAGGAUUCAAAGGAAUGCUUUCGCCAUAUGUUUACCAGGAUGUUUCCUUCAUUUCACAGAGCUUGGAAGAUCUAAUCAAACGCUACUUUAAAGCUACAAUUUCAGUACCGACUGUUCUAGCCCAACUGGUUGCCGGGGCUGGAAAUGUUGAUAGAGUUGGUGCCGAGGACAUUAUUUAUUAUAUUGCCGAUAGUUUACAGCUACGCGGCACAAACUUUGAUUACGACGAGGUGGAUGUCACUGGAAUGACUAGGGAGUUACGGAAAGCUCUGAACGCAUUCCAUGUUGCAGUCGAUCCACCACCCAAACGAGAUAUGGUUAUUAUCCCCAAUAGUUGUUGUCAAAACUUUCCAUGGGAAUCUUUGCCCACUUUGAGAGGUGCAUCAGUUGGCCGGUUUUUAUCGCUGAAAUUGCUCGAAGAGGCGCUCGCUUCACAAACCCAACAACCCGAUUCCGUCUACUAUGUUUUGAAUCCAGAAAACAAUCUUGAUCGCCUACAGCCUGAAUUUGAAGCUGAUUUCAGGCUUCGUGGAUGGAAGGGAGUUGCAGGAAGCCCACCAAAAGACGGUGAAGUUUUGAAAGCAUUAGAAACCCAUGGGUGGUAUAUUUAUUUAGGACAUGGUUCAGGCAAAGUGUGUGCACGACCCCAUCGAAUUCAGAGGCUGGAGCGGUGCGCGAAUGCAAUACUGAUGGGCUGCUCGUCGGCUAGAACCAGAGGUGGCAUACUAGGCUUUGACGGAUACGGCCCUCAUAGCGAUUACGCCAUGGCAGGUUGUUCACUUUUGGUUGGCAAUUUGUGGGACGUUGCUGAUCGGGAUAUCAAUCGGUUCAGCAAAGAGCUGCUUGCCCGCAUUUUCGAUAAUAAUGAACCAAUUGGGCAAGCAGUAGCUGAAGCCCGCAGUGCAUGUGUUUUACGGUUUUGUACAGGAGCAGCGCCAGUUAUAUAUGGUUUGCCUUACGCCACCGCUCGAUGA